UCGAAUGUUCGUGCGAAUCGGUAUUCUGGAUUCCGAAAGUAAUAGUCGUUCUCGCAGAUGAUUCCUCCUAGCGCGUGAAUUUUCAUCUCGUAAGCAGGGAAAACCGAAAAUACACGCACAGACUGACGUAAAACGGGACUUUAAAUAAAAGCGAUUCUGGGAAGAGCCGCGCUCUCGUUCGAUACCACCGACGGUAUUCUCGAUAUCGACCAAAUCAUGGAAACGGAUCCGUGGAAACACAUCGACGAUUUUGUGCAUCGCAAUUUCAUGCAAGACAUCUUGAACCAGUUUAACGAACGAAUGACGCUCGAGCCAGAUCGCGUUCCGGCAGAACUAGAAGCUAAAAAGUCGAGGAAGAGUUCUCGAAAACAAACGAACCAACCGAGCCAGGAAAAUCCAGUGAAACAAGCCAAGAAGAAGAACGAUUCGGUGACUGAUAAUGAACGCUCGAUGAGAAGCGAAGAAGCGACGUUGUCGCAAGGCGUUUCGUUCGAAUCCGAAGAAAAGCAGGUCAGCGAUAUGGAAACCACGCGAAAGAAACGAAAGUCGAAUACGAAGAGACAGAAACGCGUAUGGGAUAAAACAUCGUCCAGGAACCAGCGCGCGCUUGGAAACGGUUCGAAAUCGAGCGUAAAGCCAAGCGUUACCGCGAAACGAUCGAGGAAGGAGAAGAAGAAUAACGAGCGCGAGAUGGCCAACACAAACGAAACCGAGAAUGAAAACGAGAACGAGAAUAAAAAUGAGAGUAACGACGAGAAUAAAAACAGUGUCGCGGAUACUUCUGAAGCUGAAAAUGGGAUUACGAUGAAAAGUGGAGCUACGCAUUAUCAAUCGAUGAUGGAUAUUUCGACCAACACAAAUUGCGGCUUGCUCUUUGCGACGAGCACGCCUGACGUUUCUUUCGCCAUGGAAUCUAAUAAGAGCACCCUCGCGAAGAACGUUUCCAGUGGGUCUAAAGGUUGCGCAACAAAGAAUUCGAGCAACAAUUUCGAGAAGUGUCCGUCCAACCAGCCAGAGAUCGAUAAAAGAAUCGCGAAAUUCGAGCGCGAUACUAAUCUCAAGCUAAAGCGCGGCGAUGAAGAAUCUAAGAAGGAGCUGGUGCACGAAAAGAAACCGGUGGUACCGUACUGCGAACAAAAUGGAAAGACGAAGACUACAGAGAAGAGAAAGGUGGGGAAAUUUGAAAGACUCCUGCUUGAAAAGAAGAAAGCCCGACGAGACAGAAAAAUACAACGAGAGGCGAGAAAAGCCGAGAGAGCUAUGGAAAAAUUCAGUCACCACGUGACAACCAUCGCGCAGAAAAUGGGUUAUUUACCGAAUCAUACGAGUUCUAACUCCGAUAGCGGCGAUUCUUCCGAUUACUCCGACGAGUCCUCGUACACGGGUUCCAGCUCCAGUUAUAGCGAAUGUUCAUGCUCGUGUUCCUGCUCGUGCGGAUCCAGCGAGAGUUCCUAUUCCGAAUCCGACGGGUACUCGGAGUACACUGUUUGUAGCUGUUCAGGACACAGCGACUCCAGCUCCAGCGAUUCCAGCUCCAGCGACACCAACGAAUAACGAUACCUGUCACAAUGUAAGGCACAUGUACAGACACGCAUAGGAACAAUUUUUAUUAAUAAUAGCUGAGGAAUAAAAUGUACAACAAUUUGUGUGUAAUACUUGUUCGAUCAGGCAAGCUUUUACUCUGUAACCAGGUUUUAAUUGUUAGAACUUUUAAAACGAGUAUACGGUUGAUCUUUUAUUCAUCGAGCAUCCGCUGGUACGUUUUCGAAUGAUUUUUAUAUGUAGUUUACGAGAAAUAUUUAUGUAUGUAUAAAUUGAAGAUUACGCGAAUAAAGAAAUUCCCCUAUUGUGCCCUA